CUUGACAUUUGGAAUGAUUUGGAACAGUGAUUUAGAAAGUGCCAGCAGUUCUAGUUUUAAUUUGAAAUUUAAAUACCUAAGUUUAAAGAAUCACUUUAAAGGUUGUUAAAAGUAAUAGAUAUUAAAAUUUAAUUGGGUAUCAAAAAGUUAUAAAAACUUUAAUCAUGAUAAAUGGACGUGCAUUGCAUUUUGUUUUCAAAGUGGCUGAUAGAACACUUACAGCCAAAUUCUACCGAGAAGUACUGGGAAUGAAGGUACUUCGUCAUGAAGAAUUCAGUGAAGGCUGUGAAGCCGCUUGCAAUGGUCCUUAUGCAAACAGAUGGAGCAAAACCAUGAUAGGCUACGGUCCAGAAGACACCCACUUUGUUGUUGAACUCACCUACAACUAUGGGAUCACACACUACGAGCAAGGAAAUGAUUUCCUUGGCUUGACUAUACAGUCCAGUGAGAGUUUGAAGAGAGCAGCUGCGAUGAACUGGCCUAUCAAGGAACAGAACAGUUUAAAGUAUGUUGAAGCACCAGGCGGUUACAAAUUCUACAUAAUUGAUAAACCACAACCCGUUGACAAGGAUCCAGUAGUCAAAGUGUCAUUGGCGAGUUCGAAUCUAGCAAGAUCCAUUGCAUACUGGAACGGUCUAUUGACCCUUAAGAUCUUUGAGAAGACAGACAAGUCUGUGCUUCUCGGAUUCAGCGAAGAUCAAGCCAAACUUGAAUUAGUGGAUAUUGGUGAACCAGUGAAUCGGGCGAAGGCAUACGGCCGAAUCGCCUUCUCCUGCCCCUUCGACCAACAGCCAAUCAUCGACAAGAAAAUUCAGGACGCGAAAGAAAAAAUCCUUACACCCCUUAUAUCCCUGGACACCCCAGGCAAGGCCACAGUGCGCGUCAUCAUUCUGGCGGAUCCCGACGAUCAUGAGAUCUGCUUCGUUGACGACGAGAGCUUCCGUCAGCUGUCUCAAGUGGACCCCGCGAGUGACGCCGACUUAGAUAAGUUUAUCAAAUCUGAUAAGUCUCGCGCUUAAGCGCUUGUUCACGUUAGUUAGCGGGCGCGGUGGCGGGUGCGAUCAUGGCGAUUUCAAACGUGUCAACUAAAUAAAGAUCUGUAGGCCUAGCAUCAAGUUUAACAGUUACAGUGUGACAAUCACCAUCACUGUGGGUUAGUAUGUAAUAUGUAUACUGUAUAGUUCCCCCAAUUUCAGCCAGUUACAAGACACAGUCAUGCUGAAGGUUCAUAUAAUUAAAUUGAAAUUAAAUCUUUUAGCGAAAAUGUGAGAGGGAUAGAUUCAUUCAUUGUCGUGUGCCGAUAAAGACAUUACAAGAUUAGGUUUUUAAAAACCCUGUGGGAAGUCUACAAUUUUCCAGGAGAAAAAAUGGGUGUCCCUGGGGUGUAAGCUAUCUCUUUACGAAACGUGAAAAUCGGUUAAACGGAUGGGUUUUGAAAAGCUAACAGACAGACAGACAGACACACUUUCGCAUUUAUAUUAUAAAGCCGCCUUAAAUGUUCCGUCGAGCUUUUAGUCUUUCCAAGCCUUAAUUCACAAUCAUUCACGUACAAAGCCCGCGCAUUUCAAUACUAAAAUGGUCGCACCCGCUACCGUGAGUUGUAUGUGAACACGCAAUACCAUCAGAUCUACAUCUAGCUUAUGAUAGUAUCGGAAAAAUACCACAAAGUCGUUGCUGCGCAUGCAAACUCCGCUAUGUGGAAAAUCACAAGUUUUCAGGAGAAACUAUUAUAGAUACAUACUUUAACAGGGCUCUCUCCGUCACUCGCUUUAUACAAUCGUAGUUCCAAUUUCAUUUGAAUAUUAAGCUACCAAAGUCCAUGAAAUUUUGCAGACAUAU